AUGAGCAUAUGUAAUAAGUACGGUAAGAGCUUUACGCGGGCUACUAGCCUUCGCCGUCAUCAAUUAAGUAGAUGUGAUGAGAACUGUCCGAUUCCAUGCAAGAGGCUAAGACCUCUCGGUAUUGAAGUGAUUGAUGGUAGUGUUUCAAAAUUUACCCAUGCUUUUAAAAAUAGAAUUGCAUCAUUCCGGAUUACCAGUACACAUUUAAUAUCACAUAGUGGUUUCCUAUAUGAUAUUAAACCAAAAGUUUUGGGAAUUAUUAAUGACUAUCUCCAGAGGCAUACGUCAUUGAAGAUCAACUUUGAGCUGUUUGGCAUUUAUGUAAAACCAGAUGCGGAAUUAUCUGAUAUUAAGUCCAUGAACACCGAAAAUAAGAUAGUAACUGUUAGUAGUAAUUUAAAUAAGAUUUUUGAAAAAUUCAAAGAGGCUAUAAUGGCCCAAGCUUCAGAAUUUCAAGAGAAAGACUCCAACUGGUCAUUGCAGGAAAUACUGUUUCUUAAUGUUAAUAUUAACCGAUAUAGUGCCAUAGCAGCUUCAUCAUACAUACAACUCCCAUGGUUUAUUAAGACAAAAUGUGCUGUAUUGAAUAUUAAAAACAUAUACAAUAAAUGCUUCGCUUGGUGA